AUGAAGAAAGGCGCAUGGGUCCGACCCAAACAUCCCAAGAAACCCGAGCCCGUCAGUCCAACAGAAGCCCUCCUUCCCAUGCUCAACUGGAUCGGUGGCCGCACCCCUCGAUCUCGCUCCACCUCUCCCACCAAGAAUGCCCGCCCUCCUCAGCCCCUGCAACAAAGACAUGUCAGCAAUGACCCAAUCCUCCAAAGCCUCCAGAAAGCGCAAGCACAACAAGAGGCAAGACCUGUGUCGCAGGGUAGCCACCAGACACGAGUCUCCCAACCUAGAAGCAGACAUCAGGAAUAUGCAAUUGAAGUAGACGAGGAUCUAGAGUCGGAGUAUAUUGAAGAGAUCGUUCCCGAACCACCGGUUAUACGAAGGGUGGUCGCACCUCAACCACGCGCAGUGCCUGCGGCUUCGACGGUGAGGCGACCGGCAGCAAGAACAUCAUAUGAGCGGCCGGCUCCGAGAAGGGAGCCGCUGGUCAGGGAGAGAGAGCCGAUGACACGAAUGAGUCCGUGGGAACGACUGCAGGAGGAUAGGAGGAGGAGGAGGGGAAGUAUAUCGAGCGCGUGGGAGGACGCGAUUACGCCGUUGCAGUUUGGGCGGCGAUGA